AACGGUGCCUUCCAGGCUCAUACGACCCAGGAGUCUAGGACCCGCCACCUCCAGGUGGAGGCAGGAAAGCCAGGCUGAGGGGGCUGGCUGUAGCCUCCUUCUGUGGCUCCAGGCCUGUAGAGGCCUGGACUGGACCAUUCACUGACUCAUGGACAUCAGCAGCUGCUCACUAUCUCAGCAGAAGGUGGCUUAGCUGUGGUCAGGGAGGCCUCUCUUCCUUCCUGACCCCUUCCCCUUUGAGAGGAGAGAGAAGGGCACAAUUGGACUUUCUCAGCCCUCCAGUCCCCCUCUCCUGGGGACCCUCAGGUGUGGUUGCACCAUGUCCAGACCAGGCCCCGGAGCACUGAUCUCCAUCAAUGGCCUGGGGUUCCCACCCCAAAACCUGGCCAGAGUGGUGGUAUGGGAAUGGCUGAAUGAAUACAGCCGCUGGCGCCCCUACACGGCCACGGUGUGCCAUCACAUCGAGAAUGUGCUCAAAGAGGAUGCCAGGGGCAGCGUGGUCCUCGGACAGGUGGAUGCCCAGCUGGUGCCCUACAUUAUUGACCUGCAGUCCAUGCACCAGUUCCGCCAAGACACAGGGACGAUGCGGCCAGUCCGAAGGAACUUUUACGACCCAUCCUCGGCACCUGGGAAGGGCAUCGUAUGGGAAUGGGAGAAUGAUGGCGGCUCCUGGACGCCAUAUGACAUGGACAUCUGCAUCACCAUCCAGAAUGCCUAUGAGAAGCAGCAUCCGUGGCUGGACCUUUCCUCGCUGGGCUUUGGCUACGUGAUUUAUUUCAACAGCAUGUCUCAGAUGAACCGGCAGACCCAGCGGAAGAGGAGGGUCAGGCGGCGCAUGGACCUUGCCUACCCACUGACCAUUGGCUCCAUCCCCAAGUCCCAGUCCUGGCCGGUGGGUGCCAACUCGGGCCAGCCAUGUUCUUGCCAGCAGUGCCUGCUAGUCAACAGUACCCGGGCUGCUUCUAAUGCCAUCCUUGCCUCACAGCGGAGGAAGAUGUAUCAAGCCUCGGGCAAUGGCGCGGGGACGGGCACGUUGCCUGUUCGCCAGAGUAACACCUUCAAUGGGACCGGGACUACACUGUGGGCUGGGGGCACUGGCCCUGCGGGAGUGGUAGCCAAAGGCGAGCCUGGGCGGUCACCUGGUGGAGCUCCAGGGAGCAACUUUUCUCGGAGCCAGAGUGCUCCUGGUGGUGCCCAGCUCACCAGACAAAACAAUCUGAACCGACCGGGGACUCAGCGUGUGGCCGUCCUGAGUACCAGGGCAUCUGUUCCACCUGGGGUCCCAGCACUCCCUGUGAAGAAUCUGAAUGGCACAGGACCUGUGCACCCAGCCCUGGCAGGGAUGACAGGAAUCCUGAUGUGUGCAGCAGGGCUGCCAGUCUGCUUGACCCGGGCUCCUAAACCCAUCCUACACCCACCUCCCAUUAAUAAGAGUGACAUCAAACCUGUGCCUGGCAUCCCGGGCAUCUGCCGGAAAACCAAGAAGAAACAUCUGAAAAAGAGUAAGAAUCCUGAGGAUGUGGUUCGAAGAUACAUGCAGAAGGUGAAGAAUCCACCUGAUGAGGACUGCACUAUCUGCAUGGAGCGAUUGGUCACUGCAUCUGGCUAUGAGGGCGUUCUCCGCCACAAGGGUGUGAGGCCAGAGCUCGUGGGCAAGCUGGGCAAAUGUGGGCACAUGUACCACCUCCUGUGCCUGGUGGCCAUGUACAGCAAUGGCAACAAGCAGGAUGGCAGCCUUCAGUGCCCCACCUGUAAGGCCAUUUAUGGGGAGAAAACAGGGACUCAACCCCCUGGGAAGAUGGAAUUCCACCUCAUCCCCCAUUCACUCCCUGGCUACACGGACACUCAGACUAUCCGAAUCGUCUAUGACAUCCCUACUGGGAUCCAGGGUCCUGAGCACCCCAACCCUGGCAAGAAGUUCACGGCAAGAGGCUUUCCCCGGCACUGCUACUUGCCUGACAACGAGAAGGGUCGAAAGGUGCUCCGACUGCUCAUUAUGGCCUGGGACCGGAGACUGAUCUUCACCAUUGGCACGUCCAACACAACGGGUGAAUCGGACACCGUGGUCUGGAACGAGAUCCACCACAAGACGGAGUUUGGCUCCAACCUCACUGGACAUGGCUACCCAGAUCCUAACUACCUAGACAACGUCUUGGCAGAGCUCACAGCCCAGGGGGUCUUGGAGCCAUCUUCAAAGGACUGAGACCUGGGUCCCUCCUCCAGGCUGUCCAUGCUCCUUGCUCUCCUGGAUAUCUCACUCUUCUAUCCCUUCACCCUCUGCUGCCCCCCACCUCCUCCAACAGGCAGGCUGCCAGGAUCUCUCCUACCUGGGAAGGUGGAAAUCAGUCCUACCAGGGUCUGGGCUAGGGACAAAUAUUUAGAUCUUCCCUCUUUCAGUAUGACAGCAAGUGACAGAUUGACAAGCAAACACAUAUUCUUGGGAGGUAGGAAAGAUACACACACCAAAAAACUCUCCAAGAAAACACCGUGGGCCCCUGAAUGAAAUAAUAUUUCCCAUUUUAUGGCAUUCAGUUUACAAAACACUUUCCUCACAACAACUCUAUGAGGUGGGCAAUUCAGGUAUUCAUGGUUCCAUUUUACAGAUGAAUAAACUGAAGUUCAGGCAAGGGGAAAUGACUUAGAACUGGAAGAAAUCUUAGAGACCUGCUGGUCUGAACUACCCAUCUGCUCAGAGCAGAAGAGGCAUGUCCAUGACCACACAGCCAGGGAAUAACAGAUCUGUGCCUUGGCUGACAUACUAACCUAAUGGGAACUCAGCAUCCCACCCAUGCAAUCAGACACACACACACACACACACACACACACAUCAUAGAGAAACACCCAGACCUGUCUAGAAGCACCCACCUUCCUCUCCCCUCCCACCUCUGCCUCUGCCUCUCUCUCCCCCCCUCCCUCUUUCUCUCUCUCUCUCUCUCUCUCUCUCUCUCUCUCUCUCUCUCUCUCUCUCUCUCUCUCUCUCUCUCUCUCUCCCCCUCUUCCCUCCCUCUUUCCCUUCCCCCCCUCCUUCUCCCUCCCCACCACACUGUCUCUUGCUAGUGUAUAGGGAUGGACUUGGGGGUCCUGGGUAGAUUCUAGGUUCUAUGUUGUGUGUGUGUGUUUUGGGGGGUGGGGGAGGGGGGGAACAUGCACAUAUAAUUGCUGAAAUAAAUGAAUAACCCCGGGUGGGUAGGGGGGAGAGGGCGGCACUAGGGUGAAGGGGGAGGAAUCUUGCUUCUUUUUCUCUUUGUCUCACCUUCCCUUUUACCCCCACCCUGACAUCUACCUGUCUUUAUUGCAAUCUGCCUAUAGGAGGUGACAGAUGUGACCACACAGGUGGUCCUCUCCCAUCCCAACUGUGGGAUUUCUGAGCCAUCCCUUCUGAGAAGUGUAAGCCCCAUCCUGGAGCCAAUCACUUGCUGGGGGUGGGGAGUAGGGACUCAGAUAUGUCAUCUCUCUGCCUCGAAAACCCUUAAAAAGGAGAGUGGGUGACAAAGAGUUAAUUCUUUUUUUUUGGUGUUGGGGGGCGGGGAACCCAAAGAUUUGACAGCUCCCAGCCAACCAGGCACCUGUUGCCUAGGCAACUCACCAGCUCUGCCUCUGUUGAUUGGCUGACAUUGUGGAAAUCUGCCAGGAGUUAAAGGGAUGUUAACAAUUGCUCUUUCAAAAAACCACCAGUCCCACUGUGGGUGGAGAAAUAAAUUGCCUUUCUCCUCCC